GUAGGAUCAGACCAAAAAAAAAAAAAAACUCAAAAUGUAGGAGUAAAAGGUAAUACACACCGACACUAAAGAAACCUCACCAACAAUAAAUCAUGGCGCAUUCUUUUAAGCAGUACUUAAGACCAUUGCCAAAAUCAAAUUAGAAGCAACCUUUGAAGAAUUGAACUUCAGGCCGGAAGAGAGGGUAGUCUUUCAAAUGGGAAAGACUGGGCGUUCGAGAGAGACAACUCUCAGGCCAAGCGGUCUCGCAUUAUCAAACUCUCGCGCCGGUUGAGGCAUCGCGGUCCUGAUUAGAGCGGGUUGUAUUGCCAUGGGGAUCGUUACCUUGCUCAUCAGCGAGGACAAGACCGUCAUUGUCACGUACGAGGAACAUGAGGAAGAAUUUGUUGACAUGCUGGACGGGAUAUUCCUUGUCCUCCUUGAUACGAGAGACAACACUUUCAUUGCGGCUCGAGAUGCUAUUGGCAUAACCCCACUGUACAUGGGUUGGGGUCUUGAUGGAGGGCUGAGAAGGUGGUACAAUCCACAAUGGUUUUUGGAGAAGAUACCAUCGACUCCUUAUGAUCCCAUUGUUUUACUCCAGGCUUUUGAGAACCCUGUGUUAAAGAGACUUAUGACAGAUGUACCAUUCAGUGUUCUUUUGUCUGGAGGAUUGGACUCAUCACUCGUUGCUGCUGUGGCUUGUCGCUACUUGGCUAAAUCAGAAGCUGCACGUCAGUGGGGGUCACAAUUACAUACCUUUUGUGUUGGCUUGGAGGGUUAUCCAGAUUUGAAAGCAGCAAGAGAAGUUGCAGAUUAUCUUGGGACUCAUCAUCACGAGUUUCACUUUACUGUUCAGGAAGGCAUAGAUGCACUUGAAGAAGUUAUCUACCAUAUUGAGACAUAUGAUGUGACCACUGUCAGAGCCAGCACUCCAAUGUUUCUUAUGUCUCGUAAAAUUAAAUCUCUGGGAGUAAAAAUGGUCCUUUCUGGUGAAGGUUCGGAUGAAAUCUUUGGUGGCUACUUGAAUUUCCACAAGGCCCCAAACAAGGAGGAGUUUCACCAAGAAACAUGCCAGAGGAUUAAAGGUCUUCAUCUGUAUGACUGUCUGAGGGCCAGCAAAUCAACAUCAGCUUGGGGUGUUGAGGCUCGUGCACCGUUUCUUGACAAAGAAUAUAUCGAUGCUAUGGACAUUGAUCCAGAAUGGAAAAUGAUCAGGCCUGAUCUUGGAAGAAUUGAGAAGUGGGUCUUACACAAAGCCUUUGAUGAUGAUCAGAAGCCAUAUUUGCCAAAGCACAUCUUGUACAGGCAGAAGGAGCAUGGUGUCGGUUACAGCUGGAUUGACGGGUUGAAAGAUCAUGCAAACAAACAAGUAACAGAUUCAAUGCUGAUGAACGCAAGCUUUGUCUACCCUGAAAACACUCCAACUACAAAAGAAGGAUACUACUAUAGGACUAUCUUUGAGAAUAUUUUCCAAAGAAUGCUGCGAGAUCGACAGUUCAUGGUGGUCCAAGUGUGGCAAGCAGCACAGCAAAAGCUGUGGAGUGGGAUGCAGAAUGGUCCAAGAACCCCGAUUCAUCUGGUCGUGCUGCACUUGGUUGGUAUACAUGCAGCUGCGUAUGAGGAAUCCAAAGAUGUAAAGACUGGAAGUCUUGUGGGUGACUCUCCACAGAAACUUGUAAAAGGGGUUGCAGAGAAAGUGGCUGCAGUAGUUUGAGUGGGAUGAAAAAGGUAGUGAAUGUUAUAAAUGCUUUUCUUCUGUCGAAAUUAUGUUGACCAUGUUCUUUUGGAUCAAUGAAACAAUGUCAGAUGAGAUAUACUGUUGGAUUGAUAUUUAUUCUGAUUCUAUAGCAGAUGAGACCAGAAGGCCCUGUAGGGAAUCCGUCACGACUAUUAGUAGUUUAUAUAACUAGGAAGGCCUUGCUAUUGUCUCUUAGGUGAGACCAGACUAGUUGAUGCUUAUAUUUUCAAUCUGUAAUUUUCUUUGACGACGACAGGAUUAUGCUAUCGGUUCGACAUGUAUGCAAUUUAGAUAGGUUUCUACUUUUAUGUUGUUUCUUCGAUCCUUCAUCUAUAGAAUGCAGUCUCGAUUUUCCA